CUCCUGUACUCUACUUCAUCUCCUUCUGUUCAUAGACAAUACACCCGACAUUGUCUACAAAUCUCAAGUACUACAUCAACAAACUCAAGCCAGGCUUAAUCACACACACCAAGUCAGUAUGACCCAACACCGACGUUUGGCAGACAAAAACUAUCAAGUCUCAGCAAUGGAAAGAUCGAAUCAGAAAAAACCUGUGAAAGCUUCUUUUAUAGAAAACCAUGAAUAGGUUUCAACACCUUUUCUAUGGGAGGCAACGCGGGUGCCGAUAAAGUCAACCUUGAAUUCUACUCGCUUUCUCUUUAUGAGACAAGAGAGUAGGAUGAUAGGGAAGAAUAAAAAGAUAAUCUUCAUCCAUGACCCUACUUUCUUUUCUUCGUACUUUGAUUUCUAUCAAAGUAUGAAGAGAAGAAUGUGGUGGGGAAUGGUGAAGAAAUGUCUAUAGAGAAAAAAAAAAGACUUUAUCGAGCUGAGAUCAUACCGUGCGAGCGGAUCAGGAUAAUGCCUGCGUCGCGAGUUGCUUUUUCUAUAGAAUUGAUUGCUUAUUCUUUAGGAGUUAAGAUGGGGGAUUGGCAUAACAUCCCCAAUGCGAGCGACAAACUCAAAUGGUACCAGAACAAGGGAGCGCUCAAGCUUAAUUUCUUUCUGAGUAUCAUCAUGGUUGGCAUGGUCUUGAAUGGAUACGACGGUACUCUCAUCUCUGGUUUACAAGCUUUCGACUCGUGGCAGGAAGAUCUCAACUACCCCACUGGGGCUCGAUUGGGAUUGCUCAAUGCCGCAGGAUGUAUCUCUGGAUUCGUCGUUGGACCCAUUAUUAGUUACAUUGACGAUACAUUUGGUCGUCGUUGGGGCGUUCGAUUUUAUGGAUAUACGAUCGUCAUCGGUACCGUUAUCAGUGUCAUUGCCGGGGUGUCGAAAGUCAAUGGCUAUGCUAUAUUCAUCUGCGGUAGGGUCAUCAUUGGCUUUGGUCUAGCUUCAUUCCUCAUGACAUCUCUGGUGGUUGUUCAAGAGAUCACUCAUCCGAGAACCCGUUCUAUCAUUGCACAUUCAUGGAACUCAUACUACAUCCUAGGAUCUGUCAUCGCCUCCUGGGUAAACUUUGGUUGUUCAUACAUGACCGGUUCAUGGGCAUGGCGUAUCCCUUAUCUAAUCCAACUACCAAUGGCUUUGUACGUUUUAGUCGCUGUACAAUUCGUACCGGAAACUCCCAGAUUCCUUAUUGAUAAAGGACGCGAAGAGGAAGCUUUGGCUUUUUUGGUAGAACUGCAUGGGAAUGGUAACCCGGAUGAUGAGUUGGUGAGGUUUGAAUUUGCGGAAAUUACCACUGCUUUGAGUAAAGAGAAGGAAGCAAAAGCGGAGAAAUGGAGUACGGUCUUGAGGAGUAGGUCGAAUAGGUACAGGUUAGGAUUAGCUGCUUUGAUGACUUUUUUGACUGUCAUGUCUGGGUCCUCAAUCAUCUACUUCUACUAUAGCAUAGUAUUCACCCAAGUCGGAAUUACAGACCCAACCACUCAAACAGGUAUCAAUGCCGGUUUAUCCGUUUUCACUUGGUUUUGUCAAAUCGCAGCUGUUUUCAUUGGGAAACGAGUGGGAAGGAAGACUAUAGUACUGUGGAUUUGGCCUUGUUUGUUCUUAGCUUUGAUUGGAUUAUGCGCUGCGGGUGGUGUGGCUGCUCAUCAACUUGAUGGUGGUAGUUCUAGUGUUGGUGUGGCUACGGUCGUUUUGGUUUGGAUUUAUUUAGGUUGUUUCAACGCUUCUAACCCUGUCAUAUACUCUUACCCUGCCGAAAUCCAAACUUACUCUAUGCGCGCUAAAGGUCUUUUGGUGUGGAACACGGUUCAACAGCUCGAAGGUGCCUAUGUGACGUUUGUAGAUGCGGUGGCACUCGAUUCUAUCGGAUAUAAAUAUUAUGCUGUUUAUUUACCUUUGGUGGCUAUUCAAUGGGUUUUAUGUUAUUACUUCAUGGUGGAAACCAAGGGUUACACACUCGAGGAAAUCGCCAUCGCUUUCGACGGCAGAUCAGCCCUCUCUACCGGAGUAUCCUCUGACACGGAGAUCGGACCCGUAGAAAGGGUAGAUUGGGAUACCAGGGCUAUCAACCCUGAUGAAGAUGUGGAAGGGGAUGAUAAAGGUAAAGAUUUGGAGGUGGGAAAGUGAUUUCUUUGAUCGAGCCCAGUCGAUGGAUCCGCUUCUCCUAGGUAGAACAUGACUGUAGUGGAGCAGGGGUAAGGGGGGCAGGGGGGAAAACAUGUUGGGUGAUGUGGAGAAUAAACAUGAUCUGAUAAAUGGAAAAUUGUCUUGGUAGACUGAGGAUUGAUGAAUUGUGAAUUUGUCUUUGUCUAUGGUAGAAAAGGUCUUUAUAGUGGUGAUGUGAAAUCUUGUUGAAUGUCGCUUU